CUUUUCUUCCAAAACUAGCUCCUUAAGCUUUCUUGAGAAUAAAGUUUGAGCAUAGAUCUCUUUAGCUUUGUUUCUCUUUUGGGCUAAAGAUCUUUAAACUCUUGCACUCAACAAGUGCUCAAAGAGAGAAAAAAAAUGAAGUUUAUGAAACUUGGAUCCAAACCUGAUACGGUUCAGUCAAAAGGAGACGAUGCUAGGUAUGUAGCCACUGAGUUAGAAACAGAGCUCAUCGUCACCAUCGGCAAUAUCAAGUUUUAUUUGCAUAAGUUUCCAUUGCUUUCCAAAAGUGGAUAUCUCCAGAAACUCAUAGCAACAUCAAGAAAUGAAGAGAAGAAGAACCAAGUUGAUGAGAUUAACAUAUCAGAGAUUCCUGGUGGCUCUGUUGCUUUUGAGGUUUGCGUCAAGUUCUGUUACGGCAUCACCGUGACCUUAAACGCUUACAACGUGUUUGCGGCUCGCUGUGCAGCUGAGUUCUUGGAGAUGAACGAAACGUUUGAGAAAAGCAAUCUUGUUUACAAGAUUGAUGUGUUCUUGAACUCGACUAUCUUCCGCAGCUGGAAAGAUUCCAUCAAUGUCUUCCAGACCACGAGGGAUCUCUCUCCUAACUACUCUAAUGAGUUUACCCUCAAGCUUGUCAAGCGUUGUCUCGACUCCGUCGCUUACACGGCUUCCAUAGACACCUCAAAAGUCGAUUGGUCUUACACUUACAACAGGAAGAAGAAGCUUGAUGAGAAAGCUGUUCCGAGAGACUGGUGGGUGGAAGAUCUAUGUGAACUUCAUAUCGAUUUGUAUAAACAAGCCAUUGAAGCUAUCAAGACGAGAGGAAAAGUGCCUAUUGAAGUCAUUGGAGAAGCGUUACAUGCUUAUGCAAGAAGAAGAAUAGGUGGUUUUAGCAAAGGCUCAGUGAGAGUUAUUGACAAAUCAUUGACUGAAUCCAUCAUAGAGCUUCUCCCGGAUAAGAAAGGAAGCGUUUCUUCUAGUUUCUUGAGUAAGCUGCUUCGAGCAUCGGUCUUUCUUGGAUGUGAAGAAACCGUGAAGGAGACGUUAAAGAAGCGGAUCAGCGAGCAGCUUGAAGAGACAGCAGUGAGUGACAUCUUAAUGUUUGAUAUAGAUAUGGUGCAGAGCGUAGUCAAGGAGUUUAUGGACCGUGAUCCAAAAACUCACCCAAAAGCAUCUGUUGCAAAGCUUGUUGAUGGGUACUUAGCUGAGAAGUCUAGAGACUCUAAUCUCCUUCUCCAGAACUUCAUAUCUCUCGCUGAAACGGUUUCUAGCUUCCCAAGACAGUCUCAUGAUGGGUUAUACCGCGCCAUCGACAUGUUUCUUAAGGAACAUCCAGGGAUUGGCAAAAGCGAGAAGAAGAGAGUUUGCGGGUUAAUGGACUGUAGAAAACUUUCAGCUGAAGCAUGUGAACAUGCAGUGCAGAAUGAGCGUUUGCCGAUGCGGGUGAUUGUACAAGUUCUAUUUUUUGAACAGAUUAGAGUUAAUGGUUCAUCAACAGGAUACAGCACUCCUGAGCUCACCACAACGACUCUGAACACUGAGGAUGAUGAAUGGGACCACGUGAAAGAGUACUGAUCUCAGCAUUAAUGAAUCUCUACCGUUUGUUUCCCACUAGAAUCAGCAGCUUUUGUAACACAGUUUAUUUAGUUUCCCUUUGAACUAAAAACAUUUGCUUCUUGGUCUUUAUAAAUGGGCCAAGUAGCAAUGGGUCCUA